CCCCGUCGGCGAAAAAAAUCGCAGCAGCCCCACCCCCAAAUAUGUACUCAGCCACAGUAAAAACAGACAAUUAUGGUUUCACUUCUAAAAUAAAACAAUACAUGGAACAGUGCUGACGUAAUGCCUGAGUCAUCCAUGCUCCGCCCGCAAGUCUUGUAUCUUUGACUUUGGUCGCCGCUGGCCCGCCCAUCAGACAUUGCACAGGCCGUGUUUCCAGGUGCUGUUGUAAUGAAGAUGGACUUUAGUACUAGUUGUCAUGGCUUAUAUGCCUGCUGAAGCUAGCUAGCUGCGUCUCGGAGGUUUGGUUUUUCCUGUCUAAUCUCCGUGUGAAGGGAGCGAGAACUGGGCUAGUCUCACGAAGACCACAAAAAUGCACCCUGACUCGGAAUUGAGAAUUUGAACUGCAUCGCUGGGAUAAAUAAUUUAUGCGGUCAUGGCUGGGCUGAUCAAGAAACAGAUCCUCAAACACCUCUCCAGGUUUGCUAAGAACCUGUCCCCAGACAAGAUCAACCUGAGCACGUUGAAGGGCGAGGGCCAGCUCACCAACCUGGAGCUGGAUGAGGAGGUUCUGCAGAGCAUGUUGGACCUGCCCACCUGGCUGGCCAUCAACAAAGUGGGCUGCAACAAGGCUGCCAUCCGGAUCCCAUGGACCAAGCUGAAGACCCACCCCAUCUCUCUGACCCUGGACAAGGUGGUAAUGGAGAUGAGCACCUGUGAUGAGCCCCGCCCUCCCAACGGCCCAUCUCCCAUAGCAACGGCCUCGGGGCAAAGUGAGUAUGGCUUUGCUGAGAAGGUGGUGGAGGGCAUCUCUCUGUCCAUCAACUCCAUCGUGGUGAAGAUCAGUGCCAAGGCGUUCAACGCCUCCUUUGAGUUGAGCCAGCUGCAGGUCUACUCUGUCAACACCAGCUGGAGCCUGUCAGACCUCCGCUUCACACGCAUACAGGACCCACACAGAGGAGAGAUCCUGACGUUUAAGGAGAUCAGCUGGCAGAUGAUCCGCAUCGAGGCGGACGCCAUCCAGAGUGCCCAGAACGAGAUGCUGAGUGCCCCCAUCCGCCUGAUCACCAACCAGUCCAAGAUCAGAGUCACCCUGAAAAGACGGUCCAAGGACUGUAAAGUGGUGGCCUCUAAGCUGAUCCUGAUCCUAGAUGACCUGCUGUGGGUGCUGACUGACUCCCAGCUCAAAGCCAUGGUCCAGUACGCCAAGUCACUCAGCGAGGCCAUGGACAAGUCUGCUCAGCAGAGGAAGAGCAUGGCCACCGAGGACCAGGAGUCGUCGGCGCCCCCCUCAGCCCAGCAGAUGCGUAGCCAGCAGGUGUCGUCGUCAGGCACAGCGGCUGACCAGAGCGCCACCAUGGCUAAUCUGUUCGCUGCCUUUGACGUGUGUGAGACCUCCCACCACCUGCAGAUUACACACCUCGACCUGCACAUCUGUGACGACAUACACGCCAAGGACAGAGUGAUCAAUAAGAGGAUAACUGGUGGGGCCAUGCAGCUCUCCUUCAGUCACAUUACCCUGGACUACUACCCCUCCCACAGAGCAGGUGAGAGUUGUCUCCACUGGAUGCAGUAUAGUGAGGCCACUAAGGCCAGGGAGGGCUGGGCCAGCAGUCUACUGGAGGAGUUCAAGUCUAAUGUGGACAUGUUGAAGACCGCCAAGAGAGACCGGGAGGGCCUGGCCAACUGUCACACCUCACCACAGCACGGUAAGAUCAGUACUAGUUCUACCAGUAUCCUCAGUUCUCCCCAGACCCCCAAGACGCAGCUCCUGUCCAGCUCCAUUGUCCUCAGGAUAGCUGACUUCAGCAUCUACCAGGUGUCCACAGCAGACCAGCGUCGCUCCAGCCCUAAGGCCAUGAUCUCCUGUAAUAAGAAGUCCCUGUACCUCCCUCCUGAGAUGCCUGCCAUCCACGUCGAGUUCACCGAAUACUACUUCCCUGACGGAAAGGACUACCCCAUCCCUUGCCCCAACCUGUUUGUGCAGCUGAAUGCGCUGCAGCUGGUGCUGGACCCCAGGAGCCUGGUGUGGUGCAACCUGUUUGCGCUGGACCUGAGGCAGAGCCUGGAACAGUUCAUGGAGCUCUACAAGCUCAAUGACGAGGAACAGAAGCCUGAAGAGCACAUCGACAUCAGGGUGGACGGACUAAUGCUCAAGUUGUUAGUGCCCACGGACAGGGACCCCUCCUAUCCCCAGGACCUCCCCCGCUCCGUCUCUGUCCAAUGCUCGGAGAUGGUGGCCACCAACACCCGCCACCCGCCCAACUGCUCCCGCUCCCACCUGGAAGCCCUCCUUCUCUCCUUCCAAGAACAACAGUUCUUCUCCACCUCCUUUUCCUCCUUCCCUCACUCCUCCACCUCCUUCCCGGUGAUCCACCCCAUUUUCCAGCGCCACGCGCAUGAGCAGGACACUAUGUUGCACAAUGUGUAUAAAGGGUUGGUGUCGCCCUCGUUGGGCGUGGAUGCCCUCAAAAUGCCAGCUGCCACAGACUUGUGGGCGGUUCAUUUUGUCCAGUUCUGGGUGGACUACGAGGGGAUGCGCGGCGGGAAGGGGCGGCCCCAGCCCUUCGUUGACGCCUUCCCCCUCACUCUGUGGGCGUGCCAGCCGGUCAGACACGCCCAGCACCAGGAGUGGCUAAUGGGCGGGGCUUCGAGAGGGCAGAGAACGCCCCUUUCUGCAGCUGCAGGCCUGGCCAGGAGCGAGCCUGUGGAUACUGUGGGACGUCUGCAGAGGAAGAGGCUUUUGAAGGAGUACUAUAGUACUGUUACGGACGUCACGGCAACAGAGGCCUCGCUGCCGCCUAGCAACGGGCUUCACAAGCCACUGUCCCUGGACAACAUUCCCCCACCUUCCUCGUCUUCCUCUUCCAGUAAGGAGGCAGACAUGCACAUGUUAGUGCACGUACAAAAGCAUUUGAGCGCUCAGGUGAGCCACAGGCAGUACAUGUUCCUGAUGCGGCUGCAGCGCAGCAUCAAAGCCUUGCAGCACACCCUGCAACAGGACCUGGAGGGGAUGGGCUCCAAACGAGACAAGGCAAAGACCACAUCGGACCCCUCUCCAGACCACCAGCCCUUCAGUGCCUGUGUGGGGAUCCUGCUCAAAAGUGCAGAGGUAGCUCUCUUCUUGAAGCCGGUCCCCCAGCCCGAGGGUCCUGGUUCCCCCCUAGGGUCGGAGUUGUCCCCUUCGGAGAGUAGAUGCACUUUGGAGACUGGGAGUGACGGAGGGGAGGGGGGGGGUAGAGGAACCCACGUGGAGGGGGCUGGGACAAAGGGAAGCUGUACAGUGGACCAGCUUAUGUGUGGGGGAGGGGUAGAGGGUGGGAUAACGCAAGGCCCUGCCCCUCUCAUCCCCGCCUCCGCCCUCAACCUAAAGGUGUCUCUUGACGAGAGGACAGGGAGAUCGAGUUCAGAGGAGUUGGGAGAGGCUUCCCUGGAGGCCCGGACUGAGGGAGAGGAGCUGGGGACCGGAGUUGAUUGUAAAGCCCAGCAGGGUGAGUCCUCCGGGGCAGACCCCACUCUCUCAGACCCCCUCUCCACCAAAGACUGGAACGAGAAGAAUCCUGAGGCCAGAUUGCCUGAGUCUAUGUCCAGGAAAGGCAGUCUGUCAGUGGUUUCUGACCGGCUCAGCUCCUCAAACACCCGGUCCACCUCCCUAUAUUCUAUUUCCAACAUUGGGCGUCUGAUGAGGGAGCGUUCCCAGUCCAGUUUCACAGUGUCCUAUAAGAACAUGAAGAAGACUCCGUCUCUGCAGUCCUUGGACAACCUCUCCAUAGACAGCUACCUGAUGGAGGACGGAGACACAGACACAUACAGCCUGCUGGAGAGGGACGACGUGUCCAUCUCAGGCUUUAAGGAUGUGGUGAGGGAGCAGAGUGCCACAGAAAUUGCCAAGGAGGCAGCAGCAGUAGCGGCCAUGGUCACAGGGGAGCAGGACGGUGCUGGCUCACCAGAUACUGUCAGUGCCACCUCCCAGAGCAUCGACGAACCCACCAAAGACAUGGUGUCGGUGCUGGUGCUGAAGGUGCAGUGUGUGUGUGGGGGGAUGGAAGUGCGAGGGGAGAGCACAGCUGUGUCUCUGGAGGUGGGCUGCGUCAGACCCACACAGCUGGGAAACGUCAGCCUCCGACAAUACCUCAGCAACCGCAGCCUGGGUAUGGUACCCACUGCUCAGGGCAGCACUAUUGUACCCCCUGCCCCAGGCAGCGAAGGUGGUGGUCUGGAGGCCAAUUCAGACAGGACCACCCAUCUCCCGGAGGUCAGGGCUCGGCUGGAGAGCGGGCCCUGUGCUGCUACCCACUCCCCCCUGGCCGAGACCAACGGUUUCCUCCAGAUGCGUCUCCACGGCUACCGGGCCAGCUUCCUCAUGUCGUCGCUAAGGAACCUGGCUCACUUCCUGGAGGAUGACUCCGCCCCCCAGGUCCUCCCGAUGGAGAUUAGUGUCAGGGACACACACAUCGACCUGAAGGAUGAUGGUCUCCGUGACAACCCAUCUGACCCUGAUCCCACCCCCAUUACCCUGCACAUCGCCAACCUGCUCAUCCACAGGACCGACGAUGGAGCCUUCUCUAUAGGGGUGGAAAAUGCAUCUGAGGCGGGGCCUAAGAAAGAAGUCCAAUUGAUUGACAGCGGUCUGUCUCCAGUCCCUGAGAGUGUGGUCAACAGCACUCCCAAGGCCACACAGACCCCCAGCCCUCCUAGCCCUAGCACAACCCCCUCCAACAAAGAGCAGCUGCUGAUAGAGGAGAACGAAUGUUUGAAACUGGAGCUCUCCAAAGCCAAGAUGGCUCUAGCUGAGGCCCAAAUGGAGAAGGACUCCCUGUUGCACCGCAUGAAGAGUCUCAAAGUGAACAGCAGCUAGGGUAGGCCAACAGAGGCCCAGUGACCACCAAUUUGCAGUGCUGCAUAUCACCACUGGGGGGAAGCAGAGAGGGGGUGCUGGAUACUGGAGCUACUUGAUCUAGCAUCACACAAGUAUUAUUCACGCAUCAGCCAGGUCAUUCAAGCCUGUUCUUAUAGGGGGCUGGUCGCCUAAGAACUAGACCACACACACACACACACACACACACACACACACAGUCCAUGAAGUCUACUCCUUAACACACACACGCAGUCCCUGAAAACCAGAGAGGGGGGCUACUUUUUCACUUCAGCCCACCUACCACCCUCAUCCCUACCCCCAGUAGAGGAACUGGAGAGUGGACCGUGUUAGACUUUCAUCCCCUCCUCGAUACAGUGCUGCCGUGUCAUCCCUGGGCUGGGACUAGGACUGUAGUACACAUGCUUAUUUUACAUGAUUGUUGUGCUUGUUUUGAGUUGCUCUCUUUAUGCAGUAAGUUAGUGUUCAGUCUCUCCAGUAAUCCGACUCUGCAAGCCAGAGCAGCCUCCUAAAUAUGGGAGGGAUGAAGGGGAGAGGGAUGGGACGAAUCUAAAUUAAACAGCCCUCAAGUGGAAUGGAAUGGCUAGGGAGGUGUGGUGGGAGUCCUGAAUGUUAGUCUCAGGGGGAAAAGUUGCCCUCCCCGAAUUGAUACCUUAAAUAGGAGAAACAACUUUAUCAAGCAUAUUUGAGGAGCAUAUGUAAUAUGACCUUUUAUGGGAGGGGCUUGCCUGGUUGGGUGGGGUGAGACACUGAAUGUCAUAUCUUUGGAGGAAUGUUUUAAAAAGAGACUUAUUUUGCACUGCGCUGAAACAGAACAUGUCAUUUGGUGCUUAUGAUUUUUUUGUAUCUAGCGCUGAACCAAUUGUAUUUGGAGUGUGUAUGGUAAUGUACUUAUGAUGGGCAAAGCGUACACAAUGUUUUCUACAGAAUUCGGAAAUGAUUGUGCAGUGUGUGUGUUUUCAACAUGUAUUUGUCAUGUAACUAAAACAAGCAUUUCAUUUAAUUGAAAAGGAAAAUAUAUAAUUAUAUAUUUUCACAUUUACUUUUCUUCCAUUCCAUCUAGUUGAUGUCCACAAUGCCCAUAAUGUCCCAUUGCACUGUUCCCCCCCCCCCCCCCUAUUUUUCUACAUGUAAAUAGCUAGUUGUGUGUCCAGCACUUUUGAACUACAUUCACUGUAAAUACGAUCCCUGUACGAAAGCAUCAUCCAAUCCAGUUGAACACUAUCCUAUCAUCUCUCGAUCAUCCAAUGAGUGGAAAGAACACUAAUAUGGAGAGCAAGUUACCAUCUCUAUUCUCCUGAGGAUAAAGCCUGGGGUCUAUUCAUUAUUCGGAUUCCUUUACAAAAUGUAUUUUCUGUUCAAAACGUUUUGCAACUAAAAACAUUUACUCCAAUUGGAAAACAUUUUGCAACGAUUGGACAAAUUCAGGUAGGCCCCCCCUCGUUGGUUCAGUUUGCGUUGUUUGCUUCCGUUUAGUUCCUAGAGUAAAUGGUUUCCGUUGCAAAACUUUUUUUGCAAAGGUCUGCGACUAAUGAACACAGCUCUCGCCUAGCCUCUGCCGAGCCCAACACCGGACGAUCCGGUUUUAAGGGGAAAUGGAAAGAGCCUGUGACGCGACUUCCACUUUUGGACAUUAACAAGGUAACGCUCCAUCUCCUCCACAUGUACUGGAUUGGUUGAAUGGUGCAGAAGAGAACCUCCUGACCCCCCCCCCCCCCCCCCUUCUCGUUAAGGAUCUAGUUUCAGGCGUUUAUUUUACGCCUGCUAUGUUAGGUAACUCCGCCCAAUGCAGGAGGGGAACCGCAGGCUUGUGCUUUUCUGUGCGUGCAUUCUAUAUUUGCAGUUUUUCACCCACGUGAAGUCGUGCCCAUAUUUGCUGCUCCAUGCUUGUCUGUUUGGGGGAGUGUUGUAGAAUAGAGCUUUAUUUCCCCUUUGGAGCAUGCUUUUGGCUCACAAAGAAUUGUCAGAAGGCAGUUCUGUCUAAAGCAUCACGUCUUACACAGGGACGUUUCCAGUACUAGCAUGAGAUUUGCUGACAGAUUACAAUGGCUUGCCUCUCUCUUUAAAGGUGUAGUCUGCAGGUUCUCUGUCUUGUAUGGCAAUGAGAUCAAGUAAAAACACAACUACCCUAAAACAAGACCGAAGAAGGAUAAAGUAGUUCUGUUUACACCAACUAUGGCAACUGGUCUUUCUUUGGUUUUCACUGGCAGGCUCACUCGAAUGACCCCAUCCUAGUCCUUCAAAAAGGGCACAGAUUGGGAAUACAUCAUUUUCCUACUUUAAAGUCCUUAACUAUCCAAAUUGUGGACCUAGCUCAGCCUAGGCCUAGUUCAGUCCAGCUGAAUGUCUUUCCAAGCUGCGCUGUCCUCUCUCCCCAGCUCUCUCUGCCUUGAUACGAUGCCGGUUCAUUUACCUGCUCAACACUGACAAGACUUGAAUGGCUGUUAGGAUUUGAAUGCUUGAUUGUACUUUAAAGGCUGCCCUCCCCGGAGUUAACUUUCUCAUCCACUUUCUGGUCCGAACAGACCCGCCCCCUCAUUACAAUAGCUCCUCCCUUGACCUGCUCAGCCGCUCCUCUCCUGGGAGCUCCGCCUCCUGAGAACCUGUGCACAAAAAGAAAAUGAUUUGUAAUAUUUGUCUGUCGAAGCUGCUGAGCUAUUGAUGAAAAUAAAAAGGUAUCCAAUAAAUA